CAUACUACUUCCAACAAACGAGAGAAAAGAGCACGAAAUGGAUCGGAAAGGCGGAAAAUGAAAUUUGACUUUCAAGUGAUAAUUAAUGGAGUAUAUCUUUCUCUCCAAAAAUUCAGUCGCAUCUUAUUUCAUUUCCGUUCUUUUCCAGAAAACAUAAAUCCCUCAAGAAAAGCACAGAUUUCCUCUUCCCCCUCCCUCCCUCCCCCCAAAUUUCCAGGAGCGAGCGAGACAGAGAGGGAGAGAUUUCUGUGUUGCUGUUGGAUUCGUCUCUCUCAUAUAUCUAGAUAUUACAUACAGAUAUUUGGAUUAAAUAGAUCUCUCUUUGUUUUUGUCAAUAAAAUAGACACAAACUAGGGUUUCAUUUCAUUUUCAUUUUGAAAAGCUAUGCCUACAUAUACAGCAAUAGCUCUAGAAAGAUUAUUAGAACCUAAUUCUUCUUCUCCAACAUCCAAUUUCAAACACCAAAACAACAACUCUGUUGUUACUACGACGCUAACAAAGAAACCCCCUAAACAUAUAUACAUAUCGUCACCAGCCUUGUAUACUACUCCAGAACCAGCCCCGAUUCCGUAUACUUCUACUUCCGAUUCAGUAUCUCCGUCUCCUUAUGUCGUUAAUCGUAAACGUAGAGAUCAUUUCCAUGUAAUUCCUGAAGCUACUAAUAGACACCAUGGUUUUCAAGUCACUAAAUCAACAACUAGUACUAGUGGUGGAGAUGGCAAUGGGGAAACUAAUUUAGAGGUUGGAAAUGAUGGGAAUGCUGAGAAUUCAUUACUUGAGGUUGAGAUUGAAGAUGGAGAAUUGUUAGUGGAGACUAAUGUUAGGGAUCAGAGUGCGGCUGAUUUUACAACUCCGAUAAAGAAUGUAGAAGAGAUAAGUAAUCCGGGCGAUUGUGAUAAUGCAUCCUGUGCUUCUACUCUUGCUACGAAGUCCCUGAAAGUAAUGCAGUCUCAGUCGGAGUUCUUUGAUGCUGAUGAAGAAUUCUUCUCUGAUUCUUCCACUUCAAAUGCAUCUCCAUCUCGAUCUCGGUUCUCAAGCAUCGAGGAACUGCAUGCUGUGAGGGUCCACCUUUUUGAUGAGAUUGAGAGGCGGAAGAGAGCAGAGGAUGCACUUGCUCGCAUGCGUAACCAUUGGCAGAGUAUUAACAGCCAUUGGCGUGCAUCCGGGGUGGGGCUAUCCCUUCCUGGAACCCAAGAAUAUGAAGUAGAUACUGAGCUUGAGUUGGAUGAUAGGGUGGAGAAAUUCUGCCAGGAAGUUGUUGUCGCGAGGUUUGUUUCUGAAGCGGUUGGUAGAGGUUUAGCUCGCGCCGAAAUUGAAGCAGCUGCCGAGACCGUUCUGGAAUCUAAGAACCUUGAAAUUUCACGUCUGCGAGACAAACUACAAUAUUAUGAAGCAGUGAAUCAUGAAAUGUUUCAGAGGAAUCAAGAAGUUGUUGAAUUAACUCGAAAGCAAAGAGAAGCGAGGAAGAUGAAGCAGAGAUGGAUAUGGAGUUGUAUAGGCCUAUCAAUCACACUUGGAGCUUCAUUGCUUGCCUACUCGUACCUUCCUGGUAGUAAUAAUGGUAGUCAUUCAAUUGCAGAGUUUGCUGAUGUUCUUCCUCCGCCGGAUAGUGCCAAUACAUCAGCAAGUCUUAACUAAAAGUGACAAAGUUUAUCAUUCAUCUGUAGAGCCCUGCUAAACGGGAUGUAUGAUCGAUUUUGUAGCGGAAAUGUACAAGACUGGAGGGCGAAAAAGAGAAAUGCAUAUACUGGGUUGUCACUCGCAUCUAAUCUUUUAUUCUUUUCUAAAUAAACAUUUUUGAUUAAUCUAACCAAACGUGGCUGGUAACCCCAUUCAGAUAUUGAAAUCAAAAUUUGAAAGAAAAGCUUUAUUUUUAUUUUCAGUUAGCUUAUGUUGGCUACUGCCCUCAAUGUAAAAUUGCAAUAUGUGCAUGUAAACAGGUCUCUUAAUGCUGUUGACAGCACCCCCAACUUUGGCAAAUCUAAACAAGGCGUGAUUGCUUAGAUACAAUCUUUAGAACGCUACACAUGGUUUGUAUUUCUCAAGGAGGUAUUUGCUUUUAGUGUCA